AUAUUUUCUGUGGUUGCCUAGAUUUUCAUUUUUUUUUAAAUGUCUGUAAAAAGGAUUUAAAUAGAAAAAUGUCAAUUUAUUUUAGUGGAAGUUUAACUAGAUCUGCUGGUUUAAUAAGUGCAAUAUGUAAGCAACUGAACGCAGUUAAUUUACAACCGGUAAAGAAAAUUCAAGUUCAAUUCGAUCCUUUUCAUCAUAACGCAGUUACAGCAAGAGAUUUUCUUUUUCACAUAACGUCCUCCAAGGUACAACAAACAAAUUUGAACUGUAGCAUUAAAACCAAUGUUGUUUCUGACAGAAGUGAGCCCUAUAUAAAGAUUGAUUUGAUUGAAAACGGGAGUGUAAAAUUCUUGCUCAAUAAUUUAACUGUUCUGGAAGUUUUACAAGGAAUAAAUAAGCACAUUAGUUCAAAAGUACCUAAAGAAGAAAUUAGUACUGCAAGUACAGCUAUUACAAAAACCAAAAAACUUUCCGUUAAAAAGCUGAAUAAGCGACGCUAGCAAUGGCUGACGCUUCCAAAUCUAAUGAUGUCAGUUCUAAGCUUGUACAUACAAUUUACGAUCAAAUUCCUGCCUUUACAGAUAUUUUCGAUGAAGAAACAUUUUACAUAUUUGUAGCUUGUUUUGUUUGUUCCACAAUCGUUCUGGCAUGUAUAUUGUCUAGAUUUAUUACUAUUAAGGCUGUAGAUUAAAAAUAAAUGGAAUAUAUAAUUUAAAAAAUU